AUGUUUAGCAACUAAGAACAGAGUGAUGAUGACAUAUAAUGUGAAAAUAACGAUGGAAAUGUUGAAAUAAUAAAUUUUGAUUAAUUUGAAGAGGAUGAAUAAGGGAAUAAAAUAGAUGUAGAUAAAAAUAGUUAAUAAAUAUAAUACAAAUUAGAAGAUUAAAUUUUUAUUUAGAAAGAAGAGUAAAAGGAGAUUUAAGAGAUAGUUUAAUUUAAGCAAGAUGAUGAAUAAGAAAUUAUAGAAAAUUUUGGGAGUAUGCAUUGUGAAGAAGAUUUUUAGAGUUUGAAAGAUUAGAGUAUAUAAAAUGUUUAAGAAGAAUAAGUUGAAUAAAUUGAUUAGAUUAAUACAGUAUUAGAAAGAUAAGAAUACUUAAGUUAAAUGAUUUAUCAACCAGAUUAAAUUAUUGAUAUGAAGGAUUUUUUAUAAAAGCCAAUAGAUCAAUGUAAUAAAGUAUAAUGAAUAUUUUUAGAAUAUUUGAUAUAAUUGACAUUGGUGAAGGAUAAAAGUGGUAUAAACAAAUUUCAUCCGAAAUUUCUUUUAUAUUUUAGUGGUAAAUUGAAAAUGUUUUUGUGUUCAGCUAAAAGAUAAGCUUUUAGUUAACAAAUUCAUUAUAUUUUAUCUAUUCUCUAAGAUAAAUUUGAUAGAAAACAUUAAUCUUGUUUAGGAAAGAUAAAGGGAUAAGGAGGAAUAUUUAAAUUAUAUGACACAGGUGAUAAUCCUAAGGAUGCAAAAUUUUUAGAUAAAGUUAGAAAGGAAUUAUGUUUAAUAAAUUUUAAGAAUUCAAAGUAGAUUGGAUAAAUUAGAUAAAGUGUAAUAAUACCAAGAAUUAAAGAUGGUUAAGUUUGUGAAUUUAAACCUUUGAAUGAAACAGAUGGAUUAUUGAAAGCAUUUUAUUCUUUACAGUAUAAAGAUUAAAUUAUUCAUUUUAUGAAUAAGAUACCAAUUUACAAUAAAGAAUUGAAGAAAUAUUAAUUAUAAUUUAAUGAUCGAGUCACAAUGCCAUCAAUAAAAAAUUUUAUAUUACAUGAUAUAAAUUGUCAUGAUAAAAAUAAGUUUGUUUUAUAAUUUGGAAAAUGUGGAAAAAAGACUUAUUAAAUGGAUAUUUGUCAUCCUUUAUCUAUAUUAUAAGGAUUUGCAAUAUGUAUUUCAUAAUUUGAGAAAAAAGAUUGA